AUGAGCGACGAGCUGUCCAUCUACGUCGACGCCGACGCCUGCCCGGUGAAGUCGGAGGUCUACCGCGUUGCGGAGCGCUACGGCCUCAAAGUCUAUGUCGUGGCGAACGACAUCAUGAGCGUGCCGCGCGAUCAGCCGAACGUCGAGCUGGUGGUCGUCAGCGACCGCUUCGACGCCGCCGACGACUGGAUCGCGGAACGGGCCGGCGCGAGCGCUAUCGUCGUCACCAGCGACAUACCGCUCGCCAGCCGCUGUGUGAAGGCAGGCGCCUACGUUCUCGCACCCAACGGGCGUGUCUUUUCUUCGGACUCGAUCGGCAUGUCGCUGGCGGUCCGCAACCUGAUGCAGGAUCUACGUGCCGGAGGCGAGACUCUCGGCGGCCCCGCCCCCUUCUCCAAGAAGGACCGCUCGGCCUUUCUCUCCGCACUGGAUCUCGCCGCGAACCGCGUGCGGCGGCGGCUCCCGAAGUAG